AUCCGUCAGCUCGGCCCUCUCCCAUCCUGCUGCGGGCUCGCCAGGCGAGCGUGGAUCAUCUUGUGGCGGCGAGUCGCGGGCUGGACAGCAGUCGACAUGACGGCCAGCAUCAGAUACAAGAGUCGUAUUCCGGUCAAAACGGAGGACAGCGCCGAGGAGAAGCAGUAUGUGGGCUUCGCCACUCUGCCUAACCAAGUCCACAGGAAGUCGGUGAAGAAAGGUUUCGACUUCACUCUCAUGGUGGCGGGCGAGUCCGGCAUGGGCAAAUCCACAUUGGUCAACAGCUUGUUCCUCACAGACCUCUACAAGGACAGGAAGCUGCUGAAUGCUGAGGAGCGCAUCAACCAGACGGUGGAGAUCAUUAAACACACGGUGGACAUCGAGGAGAAAGGAGUCAAGCUCAAGCUGACCAUUGUGGACACGCCAGGCUUUGGAGACGCCGUCAACAACAACGAGUGCUGGAGGCCCAUUACAGACUACAUUGAUCAGCAGUUUGAGCAGUACUUCCGCGAUGAGAGCGGCCUCAACAGGAAGAACAUCCAGGACAAUCGUGUCCACUGCUGCCUGUAUUUCAUCCCGCCAUUUGGUCACGGGCUGCGUCCAGUCGAUGUUGAGUUCAUGAAAGCUCUGCACGAAAAAGUGAACAUCAUCCCUCUCAUUGCCAAAGCCGACUGCCUCACGCCUAACGAAAUCAAGAAGCUAAAGGACCGAAUACGAGAGGAAAUAGACAAGUUUGGCAUCAAAGUCUACCAAUUUCCUGAAUGUGACUCGGAUGAGGAUGAAGAGUUCAAACAACUGGACAAAGAGCUAAAGGAGUGCACCCCCUUUGCCGUGAUUGGCAGUAACACAGUGGUGGAGGCUCGAGGGCAGCGAGUGCGAGGGCGGCUUUACCCAUGGGGCAUCGUUGAAGUGGAGAACCAGUCCCACUGUGACUUUGUCAAGCUGAGGAACAUGCUGAUCCGCUCGCACAUGCACGACCUCAAAGACGUGACCUGCGACGUCCACUAUGAAAACUACAGAGCACAGUGCAUACAGGAGAUGACCAGUAAACUGUCUCAGGACAACCGCAUGGAGUCUCCCAUCCCCAUCCUGCCCUUGUCCACCCCGGAUUUGGACACUGAAAAAUUGAUUAAAAUGAAAGAUGAGGAGCUGAAGAGGAUGCAGGAGAUGCUGACUAAGAUGCAGCAGCAGAUGCACGAGAAAGACUAGCAGCGCCACCUGGUGUUCUCUCGAACAACAACUUGAGACAUUGAACAUCACACAGCAUUUUUUUUUCUUUUGAAUGAGUGGCUGCACAUUUAUCUUCAUUGUGUUUGGUGUUUUUGUACAAGUCCAGGUCGUCUGCCUUUUUCUUUGCUUUUGUCCCCCCAACAUAACAUACAUGAUGAAUGCUUAAUUUAAAUCACUAAUAAGCGUAUCUAAUUUAUAUAUAUUGAAAAAAACAAUGCUAACUUUUACGAAUAUUUUGUCAGGGUAUUUGCAAGAUGUUUUCUUGGUGACAUUUGAAUUUUUUUAUUCUGUGAAAGUGCGUGUGUGUGUGUGUGUGUGUGUGUGUGUGUGUGUGUGUGUGUGUGUGUGUGUGUGUGUGUGUGUGUGUGUGUGUGUGUGUGUGUGUGUGUGUGUGUGUGUGUGUGUGUGUGUGUGUGUGUGUGUGUGUGUGUGUGUGUGUGUGGGAGUCAUUAAUGUCUACAGGUCCAUAACUUUUUUUUUGGUCUUUGCACAUCUGAUAAUCAGAAUUGUUUAUUUAUAUAAUGUCAAGAAACUCAGCUUUUUUUCCCGAGCUGAGCUAAUAAUGCACUUAUUGUCAGAGGUCAAAGAUGUUAACUGUGAACAUACACCACUAAUAAUGAUGAGAGGUUGCUUUUGUAAGCAUGCUGCCGUGCUCCUGUGCUUGAUACUCUUUAUUUCACAGCUACCAUUUAGGAUUUUUAUUUUUGCUUUAUGGUGUUGAUGCUUCUGUUUUUAAAAAAAAAAAAAAACAUUGUUACUGAAUUCUGCCCAUGAAGAAGAACAAUAUGCGAGUGAGUGAAAUUAAGUGCAUCUUCUGUCCAAUUUGACAAAUAAACGUGUUUUUCGUCA